UUAGCCUGCUAAACUAGCCACCAGAACACAGUCAGCCACAGUAAGCUUAGCUAGCACAGAUAUAAAUUAGACAAAGAAACCUUGUGAAGAGUCUCCCUGAAAAACAGUCUAAAGUGACGGAUGGUGACAGGAGCGCCUGUGACACUAAGCAGCGACGUACCUUACUUAACACAUACGGAAUUAUGAAAUUGAAAGGCUGGAACAUGAAGAUGGGACCAUGACGUAUCCUGUGAAAUAUUAAAAAAUUGGCCGCUUUUUAUAUACUUCAAAGUGCUAAAAGUCCUUUAAAAACGUGCUACGUUGAAAGCGGUGAUGUCACGGGUUCCCACCCCCCCUCCUCCUGGGGAGAUGUCAAGCGGACCUGUGGCAGAGAGCUGGUGUUAUACGCAGGUCAAGGUUGUCAAGUUUUCCUACAUGUGGACCAUAAACAACUUUAGUUUUUGCAGAGAAGAAAUGGGGGAAGUGCUGAAAAGUUCAACCUUCUCCUCUGGGCCUAACGACAAGAUGAAGUGGUGUCUGCGAGUCAAUCCAAAGGGACUUGAUGAUGAAAGCAAAGAUUAUCUGUCAUUGUAUUUACUUCUUGUUAGUUGUCCAAAAAGUGAAGUCAGAGCAAAAUUCAAGUUUUCCUUGUUGAAUGCUAAACGUGAGGAGACAAAAGCGAUGGAAAGCCAAAGAGCCUACAGGUUUGUCCAAGGCAAGGACUGGGGCUUUAAAAAGUUUAUCAGGAGAGAUUUUCUCCUCGAUGAAGCCAACGGACUUCUGCCUGAUGAUAAACUUACUCUUUUUUGUGAGGUUAGUGUUGUCCAGGACUCUGUGAACAUUUCUGGCCAGUCCAACAUGAACAUGCUGAAGGUUCCUGAGUGUCAGCUGUCUGAUGACCUGGGGAACCUUUGGGAGUGUUCACGCUUCACAGACUGCAGCCUCUAUGUGGGAGGGCAGGAGUUCAAAGCCCACAAAUCCAUCCUGGCAGCAAGGUCGCCUGUCUUCAAUGCUAUGUUUGAGCAUGAAAUGGAAGAGAGUAAAAAGAACCGUGUAGAUAUAAGUGACGUGGAUCCGGAUGUCUUCAAGGAAAUGAUGGGCUUCAUCUACACAGGGAAGGCCCCAAAUCUUGAAAAGAUGGCAGAUAAUCUGCUGGCAGCUGCAGACAAAUAUGCGCUGGAGCGUUUAAAAGUCAUGUGUGAAGAGGCCCUGUGCAACAGCCUCUCGGUGGAGAAUGUGGCCGACACCCUCAUCCUGGCAGAUUUGCACAGCGCCGAGCAGCUCAAAGCACAAGCCAUAGAUUUUAUCAACAGGUGCAGUGUCCUCAGACAGCUGGGCUGUAAAGAUGGAAAGAACUGGAAUAGCAACCACGCUACGGACAUCAUGGAGACUGCGGGCUGGAAGUCAAUGAUCCAAUCGCACCCUCACUUGGUGGCCGAGGCCUUCCGUGCCUUGGCUUCGGCGCAGUGCCCGCCCUUUGGUCCCCCCCGCAAGCGCCUAAAACAAUCGUGACGGCCCGGGACUCACUGGCUCUGCGCAGGAAAACACUCGUGAGGGUGCCACUCUUAUAUGAAUUCCACCAAAACUGAACACACUUGAAUAAAUGAGAGUGGCCCUUUCUCACCAGGGAUGUGGGGGAGGCUGGCACAAUGAACUUGGGGAAGGGCGGGAGCAAAAGAAGAAAAAAACAAAAAGACUCGCUUCGCUGCCCGACUGUGAAGUUCGUGGUCAGGGUGGGUAGCAAGUCAAGCCGUCUGCUACUGUUCCUUUUUUUUUUUUUUUUUGGUCUCCUUUUAAUUUUUCAAAAAUGGCCUUAAUAUAUCUGCCAUUGCUCUGGAGUCAUUCCAGAGUUCAUUUUGUCUAUUUUACUCUGUGCCUGCCUUGUCACAAAAGACCAGGCCUCCUCCAGGUUGCACUAGUUCCCGUCAAUAGUUGUUUUCAUAUGGAGUUCCAUAGGAACGUAACAAAAGGUUGAACUAAAUGGGAAAUAUUAUAUAUUUGUAAUGUUUAGCCCGUUUUGAGACCCGACGUUAAAGAGCAUGAACACUUUGAGUGCAAGGUCAGUUCUUAACACUUUUUAAAAGAUGUGUAUGCCCCAUAUUGAUGGCACCAUUUGUAUGUAAAUGACAGCUGAAGCAUCCUCAGAAGACGUCUUUUGUAUAGGGACAGAAAAAAAGUCUUUGGCCCUUAUAUAUAAUUAAAUAUUGGAAGUAUUGGCAUGUAUUUAAUCAGGCUCACGUCUCGUGUCCGUUAACCAUCAAUACGAAUUCGACUUAAGUAUUGCCAACCUGCAAAUAUAUAUUCUCAUCAUAUUGUGGUUUAGUCAAAGUGGAAGACAAAUGCAUGGUCAUGUUAUUGUCAAGGGGAGUGUCCAAGAAUGAUUUUUUUUUUUUUUUUUUUGGGGGGGGUAAGAAUUGACAAAAAUUCCUCUCAAAAUGCUUGGAGACGUUUAGGAUGCUGCCGGCGAUGUCAUUUGUUGUUCUUGAACGAGAGCUUGUCCUGUUUCAGUGCAUCUUAGCGUAACCUGACACAAGACACACCGGGAGCGUUUGUAAAAUUAGAGACGGCAUCAUUCUGCGUUGUCAACAUGUUGAAAUGUAUGUUUGGUAGCAGCAAAAUGGAAAUUGUCCACAGGUAUGGCUGCGUUAAGCAAUUAAAACAUUUUCCAGCAAUCUCUUGUCUUGGUUUUUUUUU